GGAGUUCUGCCGGGGGGCGGAUCCAGCGGCAGAACAUAGUGGAGCGCAGCACGCUGACGGACACCCGCGCAAAGGUUGGCGGCUGCCGCCCCGCCGUCUGAGCGCUUCUCCCACAGUCUGCGGCUGCUUCCAUACACUUCCCAGCUCCGUUUGGAGCACCAGCAGUCCAGCCAUCCCUGCAGGAACAACAUAGGAGACAGAGAGAGAGAGAGAGACGGGCAACCUCCCGCUGGACAGACAGACCCGGUAAUCUCUACACCCUUUCAGACAAGAAGUGAGGCACCAUGGAGUGCGUACAAGUAGAUAAAGAGGCUGAGAUGGUGGAAAUUAUUCCAAAUGGCAAUCACGUGGAAGAUCUGACUGUGCCGAUCAAAACGUCCACAGAAGAGGACAGGUAUGAAGAAAAUGAAGGAAACUCAGCCGAGUGUGAUGAAUUCCUGCCUCACUCAGAUACUGAGAAGAAGCCAACUCGAUUUACCGAUUUUGAAGGAAAAACCUCCUUUGGGAUGUCUGUGUUCAAUCUGAGCAAUGCAAUCAUGGGCAGUGGCAUCCUGGGACUGGCGUAUGCGAUGGCCAACACAGGUAUUGUCCUGUUCCUCUUUCUGUUGUCAGCUGUGGCCCUCCUCUCCUCCUAUUCCAUUCACCUGCUUCUGAAGGCUUCUGGAGUGGUUGGAAUCCGUGCUUAUGAACAGCUCGGUCUUAGGGCAUUUGGAACGCCUGGAAAAUUAGCCGCUGCUAUUGCAAUCACCCUACAGAAUAUUGGAGCCAUGUCUAGUUACCUUUACAUUGUGAAGUAUGAACUCCCACUGGUGAUACAAGCCUUUCUCAACAUCGAGGAGAAAACUGGUGAAUGGUACCUGAAUGGAAACUACCUGGUGAUCAUGGCAACAGCCACAGUUGUGUUGCCUCUGGCCUUAAUGAAACAGCUCGGUUACCUGGGCUACACCAGUGGUUUCUCCCUCAGCUGCAUGGUUUUCUUUCUAAUUGUGGUGAUCUACAAGAAGUUCCAGAUUCCUUGCCCAUUUACCAACAUACAUGCAAACAGCUCCAUUGUGGACAACGUUAACUAUGAGAAUAAUACUUACAACAGCAGCAGUGACAUUUACAAGGACACUGAGGAGCAAUGCACCCCGCAGUUAUUUACUUUGAACUCUCAGACUGCAUACACCAUCCCCAUCUUGGCUUUUGCCUUUGUCUGUCAUCCAGAGGUUCUUCCCAUCUACACAGAGCUGAAAAACCCAUCCAAGAAAAAAAUGCAGCACGUGUCUAACAUCUCAAUCUUGGUUAUGUACCUCAUGUAUUUCCUCGCAGCUUUAUUUGGAUACCUGUCAUUUUAUGGAAGAGUUGAACCGGAGAUGCUACACACGUACAGUAAAAUUGACCCUUUCGACACUGUGAUUCUGUGUGUCCGUGUAGCCGUGCUGAUUGCAGUCACCCUCACUGUGCCUAUUGUACUUUUCCCAGUGCGUCGUGCCAUCCAGCAGAUGCUGUUCCAGAACAAACCCUUUAGUUGGCUCAGACACACCAUCAUUGCUGUCGUUCUUCUGAGUGGCAUCAACUUACUGGUUAUCUUUGCACCAAACAUACUUGACAUCUUUGGAAUUAUCGGUGCUACUUCUGCCCCGUGUUUAAUUUUCAUCUUCCCAGCUGUAUUCUACAUACGCAUAAUGCCAAAAGAAGAGGAGCCCAUGUGCACACUUCCAAAAAUCCUGGCUGCUUGUUUUGCAGGCCUGGGCUUUCUCUUCAUGAUCAUGAGUCUGAGCUUCAUCAUCAUCGACUGGUCCACGGGAGGCAAGAACAUAAACGGAGGCCACUAGAUGAUGGAGUGCCUUGUCCACUGAAAGCCAAGUGCCCCCCUCACCCUCAAUGAGCAAGACCAUUGCUGUAGAAAAUGGCUGAUAAACCCAGUAUGCAUGCUGAACCUGCCAUAAUGAGAUACAUGUACAAACACUGCACAUAUAUAUAGUUUUGCAUACCAGCAAUUUUUAUACUGUGUUACUGUAUAGUAAGGAGUUGAUGCAAACACUUCACAUGAAACUUUAUAAAACCACACCAUUUCUAAGUUAUUUUGUAUAGAGCUAGGGCAGAGGUGACAUUCUCAGUGUUAAAACCUGUGAAUAGUGCAGGGGCACGUGUGUUCAACUGGGCUCUGAACUGAGGAUCUUAGGUUUACUUGGGUGGGUGGGGAGGGCUCUUGUUUUUUUAUAUAUGUAUUUUAUAUUGCGCUCCUUUGACACAGUUGAUUGCUAUGUGGCCCCAUUGUUAAAGGUGGUUCAGAAGAUUACAAACAAAAAAGAUUUCAAACUGCCAUACACUGUUUCCAUGUCCAAACUCCUAAGUGCUGUGUGCACUUUUCAUAGUUCUGUUGUAGAUAGCAGUGUUGUGCUGCAUUUUGUUGCCUGAACAAUUAAUAUUUCUCUGUUUGAAACAAAAACCUCUGUUUCAGAAGGUUAAAUGCAUUACAUGGUAUUGUGUAGAGCCAAUCAUGCUGAAGGCAGUUUCCCAGUCUAAGCUAAGGGAGCCAGUCUCAGCCAGGGAGGGAGUUGGGUUUGUAGGGUAGGAAGGAGCAUAAAAGCCAGACAGGAUUCCACUAUCCAGAGCUCUCCUGCUUGAGGCAUAAGUGUUGUAACAGUAAGCACAAGUGCUAUUGUUUUGCCUCCCUGUUCCUGACUCAUUUAUACUCCUGAGUAAAGAAGAGCCAUAUAGGUGGAGGUCACCUAUCAAUCUGUACCCUGAUAUGUCACGUGUAAAUAUUUUUCAGUUGAUUUAGAGAUAGAGCAGAUCAGUAGAGCACUUUUGAUGAAUGCGCUGUUUUGUACCGGCUGUACCUUGAGAGGAAAAACGUCCUGUUACAAACCACAGAGCUAUCUCUAAGCCUUCAGCUCACAGACAUUCUGAGCUCAGCGUUUGGUCACGACAAUCUUACAAAGCACUAGUUCCAUGGUAAAGUUUGUGAAACAAAUGAUUAUUUUCUGCUUGCCAUUUUAACAGCAUCAACUCGCCAUCAGAGACAUGGCUUCCAGGUCGCUGCUUUAUUUAAUUUGUAAAACCUUCCCAUAACCUGUUGAAGCUUGCCACUGUGCUGUGCUCUUGUUUGGGAGACCAGGGUUGAAAUCCUGAUGACUGCUUCUGCAAGGUGAGUUAUUUCAGCAACAUACACUGGAUUGUUUGCAUCGCAUCUCAAGCUGAGAAUGCAAGCAUUUUCACCCACGGCUUUCCCACCGCCAACCCUACUUCAACACAGAUUCUGGAGGGUGAUGUACCUUGCACAGUACCCAACACAGAAUGGAUGCUGGCAUGGGAAAAGCAAAUGAAGCUUUCGUCAAUUUAUCUGAUGUCACACAAGGAGAAGGAAGUACCUGGAUGAUUUCCCUGUAGUCAUUGUGAAGGCAUGGGACUGCUGGAAACUCUGCAACAGUGUUCCUUCCCCUGUGUGGGACCAAUCACAGUGCCGACCCAUCAGCAAAGCAGCCCAGAGCGGUGGGAAGGUGGGACAACCCAUUAAGUCCAUCAGACAGGUCACCCCAUUCAUCAGGAAAGUUCACCCCAUCAGGAAUGCAGAGUAUCCUGGAUAGCUUCCCAGAGAUGGAAUACCACCUGUUUGCAGGAUGUAUUGAUUGGGGGGAGAGGAUGGAUUCAACAAAGAAAAAACACAUUUAUACGAAUAAAGAUUUAUUUUUAUUAAACUCUAAACAUUUCAAAUGAAAGGAGUGGGAAGAAGUCAUGUACUAAUGACUUUAAUGAUUUAAUUCACUGUCUCUUUUUUAAUAAUUAAAUAUAAUGUCCUUUCUCAUGAACUUAACCAUGUACUUAUAAUACUGCAAAUGUGCCCCAUGGACCCAACCUUGUAUGUUGGUUUCUUAACAUCUCAGAGCAUUUAUAAAAUAAUAAUUCUGGGGACAAUGAAUAGAAAUGGUUUAUUUGGUGAAAACAAUAUUUACAGCUUUGUUUAAAUAAAAUUUGCAUUUUAUUUUUGGUUUGUGCUAUAAUAUACAAUAUUGAUUUGUUUUAUUAGAUUGCGCUAUCAUAUUUAGAAAUGAAGCUUCUCAGAUUCCCUUACACAGUAUUUAUAUUUUAUUAAAUGUAUAAUUUUAAUUUAAUAGAAAAUAAAAAGAAUUAAAGAUUUUUAAUAUUUAAUGUUCUGCUUGGCAGUGGAAAAGAUCAGGGUGUGUGAGAAAAAUGUUCUGCAUGACUGCUAAAUUAACACAAGCUAUUUGUGUCCUGUAUUAGUCCUCUGCAAUACAAUGUAAGCCAUAACGCAAAACCUGCCUGAUUGUGUAGUAAUCCACGCAAGAUGUGUGUCAUUGGGUAUAUUGGAGGGGGCACUAAAAUAUGUCAUAGCAUCUAAGUUGACAUGUUCCACUUACCCAGCUCAUGUGAGUUUGGGUCUCAUUCAACUUUUGCAAGUGAACAGCUCCAACUCAAAACCCUCAAUACUCUCUUUCUGAUGCACUUGUGUGUUAAGUCCUCAAUCUUCAAUUUUCCAAUGUGUCAAGACAUUUCCCACUGUUCCAUUAGUGUGCCGGCCACUCCCUCCUGUUUUCCAGUCUCCAACCCAUAAAGGUAUCUCUCAGCUUCAACUAUUCAGUAUGCCCAUCUUUAAUUAUAUGGUUUUCUCCUCUUGCUUUUUGAUUUGUUUCUUGGGCAUUGAUUCAUCAAUGUAUUCAGCCUUGCCAAUAACCUCUGAGACAAAAGCCUGAGGAUCCAAGUGUCCCAUUGUAGAUACUGGGCUGACAGAGCAUUGUUGAGGGAACGCUGCAAUGUUAGAAGUACUAUCUUUCAGAAGAGCCACCAGACCAAGGUCUGGGCUGACGUAUAAAAGGUCUCCUGAUACUAUUUUCAAAGCAGUGUGCUGACUGCCGGUAUUUAUUCUUCAGCCAAGAUCACUGAAAAACAAAUUAUCUGUUUGUUAUCUCAUUGCUGAUUGUGGAAUUUUGCCAAGUGCAACGUGACUGCCAUGGUUCCUAGAUUCAAAUUCGAAAGCAUUUUAUCUGCUGCAAAGCUGCUGAGAAUGUGUAGGGUGCUGUAUAAAUAUAUUUUGUUUAUUCCUCCACUUCUAAUGUGGAGCAUCUCAGCUACAAUCCUAAAGGGAUCUUCCUCAUCCAUGUAGUGAGUCUUGAAUCUUUCAGUGUUUGCCGCUUCUACAUUUUGUUGUUGGGGGUCUGAGGUCAAUUUCCAGUACUAAAUUUGACCAUUGGAACCUGUAAGUGUUCCCUAUGUUGUCAACUAACUUCUCGCCCUAUUUUCAAAUUACUUCCUAAGGUUAUAUUUAAAUGAACAUUUGGUUUCUGAUUGGGGAUGUACUCCCUCUUGCCAAUGGACACCCUCAGAUUUCAAAAGUGAUUACCAGCCCUGCUCUCUAAUUCCCCACUGUUCCUCUGAUUGGCUGUUAAAGCAGGUGGAAAUGUUCCACCAUAGAGACAAAAGCUUCUCCUUGCUCUUAUGAUCACCUGCUAACUAGUGGGACUAGCUUGGUCAGCAUGGACCAGUUGGGCUGAAGGGCCUGUUUCUGUGCUGUAUGACUCCAUCUGCUCCUGAGACUGAAGUAAAAAACUGGAUGGUUUCAAUCUUGAGUCAUUUGCAUUCAUGUGAUGCCUUCUACAUUACUUUAGAACUAAUAAGUAUCUGUGAGAUGUAGUCACUGUUGAAAUGUUGGAAGCACAGCAACUAGUUUGCAUGGAAACAAGUUCCACAAAGAAUAAUGUGAUAAUAAUCAGAAAAUUUGAUGUUCAGAUGUAAAUCAAGGGGUAAAUAUUAGCCAAGACUUGGAUAAUUCCCCUUCUCUCCAAAGGGACUGCAAUGGCAUCUUUUAUAUAUACCUGGGCAAGCAGGUGGGGUUUUGCUCUAACAUCUCAUCCACAAGACAUCACCAUCAAUAGUCCACUAUUGCACUGGACACUCAGCUUAUAUUCUUAUGCUCAAGCCUUGGAAUCCUUUGAUUCUUCUUAGGAUGGCACGGUUGUAUCGUAGGUGCAGAGCUCCAAUGACCCAGAUUUGAUCCAGACCAACUUUUUCCCCUGUGACCAUAUGGGCUUCUUCUGGGUGCUCAAGUUUCUUCUCACAUCCUAAGAUGUGAUGGUAGGUUAGUUAACCACUACAAUGACCUUUUAGUGUAAUUGAGUGGCAGGAGAAUCGAAGGGAGUUGACGGGCAUGUAAGAAGGAAUAGAUUACAGGAGAAAGGAACAGAAGGCAUCGCUCCAAGAGCCAGUGUAAACAUGUUGGGCUGAAUGGCCUCCUUCUAUGCCAUAACAGAAUACAAGAUUCAAUAGUGAGUAGCACAACUAACACUGCCUGAACUCCAAUUCCUCCUAAAGGAUUUGUGUACAACACACAGCUGCAAGGUGCUGGGAUUGGGGAGGGAUAUUAAUUGGAAAAAGCAGUUGUGUGUUGAUUUGUGACUAUAUACUAAAUGAAGAGGAGUUUAAUUUAAAAAGUUAACUUCUGUGAACGUUUGAGGUAAUAUUGGUUUAUGCGUUUCAUCAAAAGGUGAUACUUUGAUGUUAAGUGGAGAAAGAAACAUCUUUUAAAAGAAUGUAUUUUAUUGCCUCCUUAGUUCCAGAGUUUUGGUUCAGUCUGCUUGUUUGAGACCUGAGCAUUCUGUGACUAUUGAAGUCGAGUGGAUCUGUAAUGUGUAUGAACAGGAAACCAUAAAUAUUAAACAAUUUAAAACCUAA